AUGGCGGCGGCUGGGCAGGACGCUAAAUUCUUUCAGCGGGGCAAGAUCGAGGAAUUCCGUGCUGAGCUUCAAGCCGCUGAGGCAAAGGACAAGAAGUAUGUGAAGCGUAAGACGGUCCUGAAGAAGAUUGUGGCGAAUAUUACGAUGGGAAAUGACAUGUCUCCGCUGUUCACCGAUGUCGUGCAAUGCCUGGGCACCCCCCUGCUUGAGAUCAAAAAGAUGGUUUACCUUUUCCUCGUCAGCUACGGGCGUUCCAAGCCGGAGCAAAUACACCUGGUCAUUCCCAACUUCCUCCAAGACUGCAACGAUCGCAACCCGCUUAUUCGGGCGUUGGCCAUCCGAACGAUGUCCUACAUCCCCAUCCCGGUCGUGACAGACGCGUUAAACGACAACUUGAGGCACUGUCUGAAGGACAACGACCCUUAUGUUCGCAAAACGGCUGCUAUAUGUGUUGCCAAACUCUACGCGGCCGACCCACGCAGGGCAGAGAAGAGCGGGUUUGUGGAGAUGCUGCGUGACCUCAUGCUCGACAACAAUGCCACCGUUGUUGCCAAUGCUGUUGCAGCGCUUUCCGAGAUCGGAGACCGUCAGGACGGUGUCAUUUUCAAGCUCAAUUUGACGACGACCAACAAACUGUUAGCUGCCCUGGGAGAAAGCUCCGAGUGGGGUCAGAUCUACAUACUUGACUCCCUGCUUCGUUACGUUCCCGAGCGGCACGCGGAUGCGGAGGUUAUGGCGGAACGCAUCAUCGUCCAACUCCAACACGCCAACUCGGCCGUCGUGCUGACCACGAUCAAGGCUCUGUUAUACCUGAUGAACUACAUGGAGAACAGGAAACUGAUUGACUACAUCUGUAAAAAGAUGGGUCCACCUCUGGUUGCUCUACUGUCUUCUGGGCCAGAAGUGCAAUACGUCGCUUUGCGCAACAUCUUGCUGAUCAUCCAACGCCGACCCGCCGUCCUCAAAAACGACGUCAAAGUGUUUUUCUGCAAGUACAACGACCCGAUCUACGUCAAGCUUGCCAAACUCGAGAUCAUGUACCGUCUUGCGCGGUCAGAGAAUGCGAACGAGGUUCUGGCAGAACUGCAAGAAUAUGCCUCGGAAGUAGAUCUUGACUUUGUACGUAAAGCGGUGCGAUCUAUUGGGCGGCUGGCAAUCAAAGUCGAAGAUGCCUCGGACGCAUGCAUUCAGGCGUUGCUAUCCCUCAUCGAGACCAAAGUGUCGUAUGUCGUGCAAGAAGCCGUCAUCGUGAUCAAGGACAUUUUCCGUCGCUACCCUGGGAAAUACGAGGGCAUCAUACCAACAUUAUGCGAGCAUUUGGACGCUUUAGAUGAGCCCGAAGCGAAGGCGGCCAUGGUCUGGAUCAUUGGCCAGUUUUCCAACAAGAUCGACAACGCGGACGAACUAAUGGACGACCUGUUGUACACGUUCUUGGAAGAGAGCACUGAGGUUCAACUUGCAUUGCUCACAGCCUCUGUUAAACUCUUCAUCUACAAGUCGAAGACGGACAAAUCAGACAAGGCAAAAGAGCUUGUAUUCAAAGUUCUCAAAUGGGCGACUGAGGAGGUUGACAACCCUGAUCUCCGCGACCGUGGCUUCAUGUAUUGGCGGCUGCUCGCAAUGAACCCGUCCGUUGCGGGAGAGAUUGUGUUGUCUGAGAAGCCACCAAUAACAACCGACUCCGAUAGGAUGGACCGUGGCGCUCUGGACCAGCUAUUAUUGCACACGGGAACGCUGGGAAGUAUAUACCACAAGAACCCUGAGACUUUCAUUCGGAAUGCGACGGGCAAGUCGCUCAAGGACAGCCCCGCGCUCAAUGCGCAUUCAAGAGCUGUGCUUAUUGGGGUUGCGCGACCAAAUCUGCCCAGCACUGCCGUGACCGUCGCUGGUCCCGGGCCAGUCGAAUCACAUCAGCACCCAACUGAAGAGCCUCCACCCCCGCCUCCGCCCGAUACGCCUGGGACAUCGAAGCCUACACCGCCGCUGCCGCCACGAGAAGCUGACAAAUCAUCAGACGACGGGGGCGAUGAGAACGAGCCCCCAGCCAACGGCAAGAACCACGACCCAUAUUCAAACCUGGACGGUGCAUUUGGCAAUUAUCUGGCGGACGAGCCACGGCCAAUGAACGGUGGACGACAGGACGAGGACGAUUUAUUGUUUUGA